GAUGGGGUUGUCUUCUUUAAGUUCAGGUAAAACAUGGACAAUCCAGGCAGACCUCACCAAAAUUGGCAGGGUGGAUGGGACAGGACCUAUGACCAGGCCAGAGGACAGAACUUCAGACCUGAGGGCGGACACCAAGGAAGGAACAACCAGAGUGAGUUCAGAGGCACUUCGAAAAGGGGGAGGCAGAACUUCCAGGGCUCGUCCCCCGGAGGUUUCCGAGGUGGGCACAGUCCAUCACUGAGGGAUGACUUAAGAUGGGCUUCUAGUCCUGACACCAGUGGAGGAAGUCAAGCAAAUCACAAAAAGGAACGCUUUGAGCCACAAAACUGGAGGACAAGACCUCUUUCAGAAAGUCCAAGAGAAGAUACAGAAGCUACUGAUGGGAACACUCACAAAUCAGGAAAAAGAAGAAAUCGAAACAGGAACACACCUUCUGAAAAUAACGGUGAAGCUGUAAAUGAAAGACCAUCCACCAAAGCAGACCGCAGCAUUCGGCAGGCAGAAAGACGUCUUCAACGGGAUGGGAUAAACCCUUUGAGAAAGCCUCCCAACAGCCAUCCCAAUGCAGUUUACACGUGUUCUUUAUGUGACAUUUAUUUGGACUCUGUCGCAGAUGCCUAUAAGCAUAUUUUCAAGGACAGACGUCACAAGAAAAGAUCUAAGGAACGACAAGAGCAGGAAUUGUUAACAGUAAUUUCACCUCCCAGUGUAGAGCAGGUCAGUGCGAUAAACGCUGCUCUAGAGGAUGUGGUUCGUGAACAUGGAAUGACUGACAAAGAUGUGGAGGCAAGACAGCAAGCUGUUUCUAUCAUGCAAGAUCUUCUCCUUUGUGUUAUGCCUGGAAUUACCUUGAGGCUGUAUGGAUCAUCUUGCACUAAAUUUGGUUUCAAAAAAUCUGAUGUCAACAUUGACAUUCAGUUUCCGCCAGAGAUGACUCAGCCAAAUGUUUUGUCCUUGGUUAAAGAAUGUCUUUCUGUUAGCCCACUCUAUGAUGAUUUGGAGGCAGACUUUCAUGCCAGGGUUCCUGUUGUUGUUUGCAAAGAGAAAAACAGUGGUCUCAUCUGCAAAGUGAGUGCAGGAAAUGAAAAUGCUUUUCAGACUACCUCAUACCUGUCGGCUCUCGUGCACCAGGAGCCCCUCCUCCUCCCCCUUGUUUUGGGCCUCCGACGCUGGGCCCAGAUUUGUCAGAUUGACCGUCCAGAAGAGGGAGGACUUCCGUCUUAUGCAUUUGCCCUUAUGGUUGUCUACUUUUUACAGCAGCGUAAACAGGCUCUCCUGCCGACUUACCUAAACCAAGAGAUUAAGGUGUUCUCACUUAGCAGGCUGAAAGACUUCAGUCUCACACAUGUAGAUGAUGAUGGGCAUAUACACUGGGUUUAUUCUCCUUCCUCUUCUAAAGAAUCUUUAGACAGAUCCAGUCCAAAUGGGAAGGUUCCUCUGGGGCUUCAGCACCCUCACCCUCCUGUGGAAGUUGGCCUUCUAUGGGUGGAGAUGCUUCGUUUCUAUUCUCUGGAGUUUAAAAUUGAGGAUUAUGUAAUUAGUGUGCGUACUCGUGCAGUGCUCUCCAGAGAGAUGAAAGACUGGCCAAAAAAACGUAUUGCUGUAGAAGAUCCAUUUGCAGUAAAAAGGAAUGUGGCCCGCUCAGUUAACAGCCAGCAAGUUCAUGACUACAUUAUCCACUGCCUCAAGACUACAUACAAGUACUUUGCACUUGCACCCAACACACCAACUUUGGGUCACAAGUUAAAACGCAAUCGUGGUAAAGAUGAGUUUGAUCUGCCUGAUGCAAAUAAGAUCAUUAUUGAGCCUCAAUCCUUAAACCAAUCAAAAAAUGAAGAAACUGCUCCAGAUGACUCUGAUUGCAUUAUUGAAGAAGAGCUUGAAGACAGUGAAUCUGAAAAAGACACUGAAAAAGCAGACCUGAGAAAAGGCAGUCUUUCUGAAGAGGAGGAAGAGGAGGGUGGAGAGCUUGAAGAGGUGGACACACAGCUUAGACGGCACAUGGACAGUUUAACCACAGAAGAUGAGGAGCUGUUUCCACUGGAUGAAAUCUCUGGGGAGGAGCUUUUAUCAGAAGAUGAGGGGCCUGAUCUGUACACAUCAGGUUUCAUGGACAAAGUAGACAAAGUAGAAGAACCCCAAGAGGAUUCUAUAACAUUGGAUAAACCAGAAGGUGAAAAACAUGGGAGUCUGUCCUACAGGUUCACUAAACAAGCUUUCACUAGAGGCAAAUCCCACAUUGUUGUGUGUGCCUUGUGCAAACGUGACGGCCAUCUCAAGAAAGACUGUCCUGAAGAUUUCAAGAAGGUAGAACUUGACCCAUUGCCCCCAAUGACGCCAGACUUUCUGAGGGUACUUGACAAAGUUUGUGAGCAGUGCUACACUGACUUUGCUCCAGGUGAACUAGAGGAGAGAGUUAGAGAUCACAUUCUCCAGGAUCUACAAACUUUUGUUAGGCGUCACUUUCCCGACACAAAGUUACAACUGUUUGGAUCGUCAAAAAAUGGCUUCGGUUUUCGACAGAGUGACUUGGACAUCUGCAUGAUGCUGGAGGGUCGGGACACUAUAGAGGAUGAUGCCUGCAUCAGUAUAAUUGAGAGCCUUGCAAAGCUGUUGAAGAAACACUCAGGUCUUAAAAACAUUCUACCCAUCACUACUGCGAAGGUUCCCAUAGUAAAGUUUUACCAUGUUCAAACUGGUCUAGAGGGAGACAUCAGUUUAUACAACACACUGGCCCUUCACAACACUCACUUGCUGGCAUCAUAUGCAGCUAUUGACACUAGAGUGAAGAUUCUCUGUUAUGUCAUGAAGGUUUUUGCCAAAAUGUGCGAUAUUGGCGAUGCGUCACGCGGCAGCCUCUCUUCAUAUGCAUACACCCUCAUGGUGCUGUUCUAUCUGCAACAGAGAAAUCCACCUGUAAUCCCUGUCCUGCAAGAGAUGUAUGAUGGGAAGAAGCCAGAAAAACUUGUAGAUGGGUGGAAUGUGUACUUUUUUGACGAUCUGGACGCAUUGCCAAGUCGCUGGCCACACUAUGGAAAGAACAGGGAGAGUGUGGGUGAGCUGUGGCUGGGUUUGCUUCAGUUCUACACAGAGGACUUUGAUUUCAGAGAACAUGUUGUCUGCAUUCGACAGCAUGCUCGCCUCACUACCUUCAAUAAACAAUGGACAUCUAAAUUAAUUGCUAUUGAAGAUCCAUUUGACCUGAAUCAUAAUUUGGGUGCUGGACUCUCUAGAAAAAUGAUCAACUUCAUCAUGAAGGCUUUCAUUAACAGCAGAAAAGUGUUUGGUACUCCUGUCUCGACCAUUCCUGUUCAAUACCCUUCUACAAUGGAAUAUUUUUUUGACCCUGACGUGCUCACAGAAGGUGAGGUGGCUCCUAAUGAUCGAUGUUGCAGAAUCUGUGGGAAGAUUGGACACUUCAUGAAAGACUGUCCAAUGCGGAGGAAGUCGCGUCACAGACAAGAUUCUGAAAGAGGGGCUGAUGCUCAGCGAGACGACACUCUGGAUCAAGUGAAAAAUCCGAGUGAGCAGUGGAGAAAAAGAGACCCUCUGGAACCUCGCUGCUGCUUCCUUUGUGGCUCUAACUCGCACAUGAAAAAGGACUGUCAUCUGUACAGAGGUCCUGCAGGGAAUAUGAGGCUGGACGCCUUUCAAUCACCUUCUGGACAUUUGGGAACACGGAGAGGAAGGGAUAAACCUAGUAACCCAGUGAAAGAAGAGAAUAAACGACUAAUUUUAAGUCCCCAUGCAGGUAGUUUAGCCUGUCGAAAUAUGGGUCAGUUUGGUCCCAAGAAGAAUCAGGAGUAAUUAAGAUGUAGCUCUCUGAGACUGUUGCUGCACAUAUCACUUGCUCCACCUUCAGGCUCAGAAGCCCUUUAAAAGCCAAAGCCAGGACUCCUUGACUUGAAGCCAAGUAGGGCCUUUUAUUCGUGUUUUUUCCCCUAAAAUACUCAUCUAAUGAGCUUUUUAUUUUUAUUUUUUAUUUUUUUUAACAAGCCAUUAUAAAUUCACCCAAUGUACUUUUUAAAUACACUGCCAGUUAAUCCUUUAUUUAUUCCGUUUUAUUUCUCAAAUUUGUAACAUAUGAUUAAGUGGCUUCUAUAUAAAGGAUUUUCUGACAGGGUAAUGGAUUUUGUUCAUCUUUGAGUGACGGGGUAUUUUAGAAAUGGCAAAACAUUUGUUUACUUUAUUUUACAAUUGUUUUACUUCAUUGGCACUGACCUCAUCUGUCUAGUAGCUACUAGCUUUAUAGACCUUCAGUGAUGACUUUUAUGUAGUUUUUAAUUUAAUUUUACCUUUUUUUUUUUUUUUUUUUUUUUUUUUUUUUAAAGUGCCAUCAACUGUCUCCAAAUGUGUUGUAGAAGAGUAAUCUGGCUACUUAAGUAGUUACAUGUUUGGGAUGACCUAGUCUAGUGCAAGUUAAUGUGUGUUUAAACUAGAGGAGAUCUCAGUUAAUGAAAAAAGUAUUUAUUAUUAAUGUUUCUGCUUUGUCACAGAAUUAUAGCUGCACUUUCAGGGUUCAUGCUCUUGAAUUUUGUUGCUGCUUGUGUCUGAAAGACCUGGUUGAUUUUCUUAAAAAAAAAUAAAAAAAAAUAAAAAAAAAGAAAAAAAAAA